GGCAAGGGUGAGCUGGAGGCGAGAUGGCUGGGUGGAUGCGGUGACGAGAGAGCGGUUUGUCUCGUCCUGGAGAAUGGCGGCACCGGGUUUUGAGUGGCAGGAAUGAGGACCCGUCGGUGGAUAUUCUCUGCUGUCAUGCGCCUCUUACUGAGGUGCCUGCGGAUAGGUCAGCGCCACCGGUUCUGGCCAACACAGAAGGUGUGGCAGCUGUGGCUCUAUGGACGUCUGUGCCUGCGCUCUCUGCUGUACAACUCCUUCACUGACAGCGACACUGUCCUAGAUGCUCUUUUUGAGCCUGUCUACUGGCUGGUAGAUCAUGUCACCCGUUGGUUUGGAGUGGUGUUUGUGGCAUUGGUGAUCAUUCUAACCAGCUCAGUGGUGUGUAUCGUGUAUGUCUGCCUGUUGCCACUCAUUCUGCGGACUUACCCUCUUCCCUGGAUCUUCUGGCACUUCAUCUAUGGCCACUGGAACCUUGUCAUGAUUGUCUUCCACUAUUACAUGGCCAUCACUACUCAACCCGGUUAUCCCCCCCAGCAGUCGAAGAGUGAUGUCGCUGCUGUCUCCAUCUGCAAGAAAUGCAUUGCCCCAAAGCCUGCUAGGAGUCACCACUGCAGCAUCUGCAACAGGUGUGUGCUGAAGAUGGACCAUCAUUGUCCAUGGCUGAACAACUGUGUGGGGCACUUCAACCACCGUUACUUCUUCUCCUUCUGCCUCUUCAUGACUAUGGGCUGCAUCUACAGCAGCAUCAGUGGCUGGGACAUGUUCUGGGAGGCCUAUGCUGCCAUUGAGAAAAUGAAACUGCUUGCCAAGGAGAGACUACAAAUGACAGUCAAUCAGACUUAUGGCCAGACACCACCACCUACCUUCACUUUCCACCAGAGAGCUUUCCACAAGAGCGUAGUGUACGCCUGGGUCCUUUGCAGUUCAGUGGCCUUGGCACUGGGUGCCCUCAUGAUCUGGCAUGCUGUCCUCAUCACCAGGGGUGAGACCAGUAUUGAACGACACAUCAACCGGAAAGAGAAAAAGAGGCUCCAGAAAAAGGGCAAGGUAUUUCGAAAUCCAUAUAGCUACGGUCCUUUGGGCAACUGGAAGGAGUUCCUAGGUGUGGACGCAAACAGGCAUUGGGUCACCAGAGUUCUGUUGCCCUCCACUCACCCACCCAAGGGAACUGGCUUGAGCUGGGAUACCACUCCCUGUGUUCCUGAACAGAAGACUGCACUCUUGGCAAUUUGAAUUGGACAAGGAAAACACUGUAACAGUGUGUGGAAGACUGUAGGUCACACCUUACUUUUGUGGAGAAGCAUAGCAGAAGGUUCCAUCCCUUAAGAGAUGGCAGCCCAAACCACGCAGUGGCUCACCUGCGCUGACCUGCUCUCUCAGUGGUUUGUGGAGGAAGUCCCAGCUGCAGGCAGCUGUGAGGGUAACAGGGAUGCUGCUUGCCCUCCGGUCUGGGUUCCAAGCACACACAUUCUAGCCUGCCUACAGUAAAGUACUGGCAUUCCUAAUUACGAGGGUUUUCUCCUUUUCCCCAUAUCCUCACGGAGGCUGGCAUUCCAGGGUCCUUGCUGCUCUCCCUGUAAAAAGGCAGGUUUUUUUUUUAAAUUAGGAAUAAACCACUUUAAUAUAACUUUAUGUCAAGCUUGGUCUGGAAGGGGAAAAGAUUGGAUGGGUGAUGGCAACGGAUGAGCAAUACCUGCUCAAGGAAUAGCUGGAUCUCUCUCUAGCUAACACAACUGAUACAUGUCUCAGUUUUUUUCUAUGAAUACUUUUCAAACAGCAAGAUGAUAAAACAGCACCUGUUGGUUGUAUACA